AUGUCUAGUGCCGCUCCCAUUGACAUCACUGCCCGGCAAACGACCUCGGUGUCGCCGCCGGGUCAACAGGCUUCAAAUCUUACGUCGGCUCUUCAAAGGGCUGGCACCGGGGAGCGCACGGGUAGCAUAUCACUGCAUCCUGGCAGUGGCCUGGGGGUGUUUAAGGCGCCUUUGCCACGCAAAGAUUCCGUCACUAAUGCUACCGCGCAAUGGGGAAAUGGAACAAAGCCCAUCUCAAUGACAGGAUCAGCCCGUGAUAAGGGUCGACGGGAAUCUCUUGCAGGGAGCUUGGUAGGAGGCAUGAGCUGGGGUGGUGUGUCGGUGGGAAGCUGGAUCCGGGAUGAUAUUAUCAUGACCGGCACCUCUCCAUUCACCUUCCAGUCGCCUUCAUACCACUCCUCCUCUUAUCUACCGAAGCUCGAGGCUAACUUCAUGCGGGAUUUCUCUUGCUGUGGUGUGACCCUACCAACCCUCCAUGAUCUGCUUCAGCAUUACGAGGAAGCCCAUGCGACCAAGUCGCCCAAUCAAGGGCAUCGCCCAAGCCAAGAAAAUCGUGCUGCCAUCGCCGCCGCGAUGGCGCAACAACAAGGCCAACCGCAUGGUGGCCAAGGGCGCGGUAUUCCACAGGAUCGUAAUAUCGACAUGCAGCGGAAGAUGGGCCACACUCCGUCGGCGUUACAACACGUUGACCUCGACACCAUGGACGACAUGGAAUUAGAUGACCCGAUGGGUGACGCAGAUCCAACUAAUUUAUUCUCGUCUCAAUUACGAGAAGGAGGCCAAGGCGUUUACGGCAACUCCAAUCAAGGCCCUCAGCUGAACCUGGGCAUGCUCCCUAGUCACCAAGGCUUCAAUACCCCAUCCCAGCCUGGUACUCCGGUAGGCUCUUCACGGCCUCUGUCCCUCUCCAACAAUCCCACCGUAUCCUCCGUGAAUACACCUACUCUGAUGGCCAACCCGCUUCAAACCUCGCAGUUCCGCAACACCCCCGACUCUUCGGGGCCAGGGACGCCCGCUGAGAUUGACGAGAGCGUUGUCGGGGGCUUUGGCGAUCUCAGUAUGCAACAGAACAUGAUGGGUCAGAAUCAGACUCCUUACGGACGCUAUCCUGGCAAUAAUGAUAUGGUUGAUCUGUGCAUUGACGAGCCGGCGAAGAGACUGUUCAGCCCGAGUGGAGGCAUGGGAACGCCGAAUGCGCACUUCAAACUCAGUGGGGCCCAAUAUGGUCCAAACAGCGACAUCGCUCGCCGAAUUAGGGAGCAGCAGCUUUUAGCUGGUGUGCCCGACACAACGUCUAUACUUCCCAACGAGGAGCCCAAACCUUUCCGUUGCCCCGUGAUAGGGUGUGAAAAGGCAUAUAAGAACCAAAAUGGUCUAAAAUAUCACAAGGCACAUGGUCACAAUAAUCAGCAGCUUCACGACAACGCCGACGGAACCUUUUCAAUUGUCAACCCGGAGACUUCGACACCUUAUCCUGGCACGCUCGGUAUGGAGAAAGAGAAACCGUAUCGCUGCGAAGUCUGCGGCAAGCGCUAUAAGAACCUCAACGGUCUCAAAUACCACAAGUCGCACUCACCGCCUUGCAAUCCUGACUUCCAGCUUGCGGCAGGUCGCAAUCUGAACCUCGGAGGGGGUGUCAUGCAAGGGCAGAACAUUAAUGUGGCAGGGGCUGGUCUGCCCGGAAUUGGCGAAGAAGGCCUCCUAUAA